AUGGGGUUGAACAUAUGCAAGAUGCUUACCCCUAGCAAAGCUCCAAUCUAUGACAUCAUCCCAGGAAACUCGGCUACACUACACAGUUCAAUGGUCCUGCCAGUCACCUUUGGGACGAAGGACAACUACCGCACGGAGUACAUCAAAUUCGAGGUGGCGGACUUCAAGUCAUCAUACCACACCAUCCUUGCCAGACCAGCACUAGCCAAGUUCAUGGUCGUGCCCCACUACGUCUACCUGCUACUCAAGAUGCCAGGCAAGACAGGUGUACUCACGUUCCGCAGCGACCUGAAGAAGUUCUACGACUGCGACCAUGAGGCGAUCGAGUACGCCAUGACAUCAUGCAUGCCAGAGCCUUCUGCGGAAGUACUCGUGGCCACGCAAAAGCUCACCAACUUAGAGAUGGAGAUCUCCAGCCAGAGGCCUACCCGGUGGAGGGUCAAACCCAACCCAACGAUCUCGGCAUCAAGGCCAUCCAGCUGCUAG